AUGGCUUCCAACCUUGGGCGGCUUCUCAUGCUUCUUCCCUCAACAUUCCUUCCGUUCAUCUCAUCACGACUGGAGCGGUAACGAUGUCACACUUUCUACACUUGUUCCAUGUGGACGAGAUAAAGUGUGAAGAGUUCCGUUUUUCGCCUAUUCAUUGUCACGACAACCACGAGAUGAGAAAAUUUAUUGAGAUGUGUAGUAGCGCCAACGAGGAAGAAGUUAUAGACAUUGGAGUGUUGUGCUUCAGAUCCCUCCAUUUGUCUAAGAGUUUCAUCUUGAUCAAUACUUGUAGCGAGAUCGAAGAAAAGUACAUCAAAUAUCUCUCCCUUUUGACCAAGAAGGAAGUAAUCCCAAUAGGGCCCCUUAUUCGAGAAACAACGGAUGAUGAAGAACACGAGGAGAUCAUGGAAUGGUUACAAGAGAAAGAAGAGUCUUCGUGUGUAUUAGCAUCAUUCGGAAGUGAGUAUUACAUGUCAAACAAAGAAAUUGAAGAGAUAGCUCGUGGUCUAGAGCUAAGCGAGGUGAACUUCAUAUGGUCACUAAAGUUCCCGACAGGAGUGAACACGAGCAAGGAAGAAGCCAUGCCACGAGGUUACCUUGAAAGGAUGAAACACAAGGGAUUAGUAGUCAAGGGUUGGGUCCCACAAGCCAAGAUUUUGAGCGACAAAAGAAUAUGCGGGUUCUUGAGUCAUUGCGGGUGGAACAGCGUGUUGGAGAGUUUGGCAUCUGGGGUACCAAUAAUAGCCUUGCCAAUACAUCUAGACCAACCUAUAAAUGCUAGGCUGGUGGAGGAGAUUGGGGUUGGAGUGGAGGUGGUGAAAGGGGAGAAUGGGGAGAUAAAGGGAGAGGAAUUGGCAAAAGCUUUGAGGAAGGUUGUGAUGGUAGGGAAGAAGAGUGGAGAAGCACUAGAAACUUCAAUGAAUUCCAAGGCUAAGGAAUUGAGUGAGAGGAUAAAGUUGAGAGGUGACAAAGUGAUUGAUGAUGCAGUUGACAAGCUGCUUCAACUUUGCAAAGGGAAGAACUAAUAAACAAAAGGGUCUUCUUGUA